AUGAAUAAUUCUAAACUUUCUUCUGAGGCUAUAUUAUUAAAUCCAAUUAAUGAUGAUGUAUUCAAUGAUUUAUUAUAUGAAACAGAAGAACAGAAAAAAAGUGUUCAUGAUACUAACCUCAUCAUUGUAGAAAACUAUGGAUGCAUUAAAGAUGAUGCUGGACAAAAUGUCAAAGUGACUAAAUAUACUUUAAAGAAUGAACAAAAAGUUGUUAUUGAAAUCAUUAAUUAUGGUGCUACUGUUAUUUCUUGCUGGGUACCAAAUGCGCUUGGUGAAUUAGAAGAUGUUUUACUUGGUUUUGACUCAAUUGAAGACUAUAAAUCACAAAAUACACAUUCCAUUGGCGGUACAUUAGGCAGAGUAACAGAUUAUAUUAGUAACGGUCAUCUCGAAAACGACAAAGGUGAAAUUUAUGAACUCAACAGAAAUCGUGAUGGUCAUCACUUCAAUGGCGGUGAAAAGGGAUUUGAUAAAGUCAUGUGGGAUGGGUAUGUAGCGGAUGGUGAACUAGUAUUAACAUACUCAAGUAAAGAUGGAGAAGAAGGUUAUCCAGGAACAUUUCAAGCUCGAAUAACAUUUCGUUUGACUUGCAAAAAUGAGUUAGUUGUAGACUAUGUCGGUAUGACAUCAAAAUCAACUCCAGUAAAUAUGGCUUUAAAUAUGUUCUUCAAUUUAGCUGGACAAAAUACCGGAGAGUCUGAACUCAUGAAUCAUUCAAUAAUGGUUAAUGCUGAAGAAUACAUGGCAAUAAAAGAACCAGAGAGAAGACCUGUUGGUUUGAUUAAAAAUGUCCAUCGCACAUGUCUUGAUUUACGUGUACCAAGAUUAUUAAAAAAAGCUUUUCCUAUUGUUCCUGGUUUUGGAUACAAUCAUACGUUCAAAUUGUUCAAAGGAAAAGAACGAAAAGCAUUUAAUUUAGCAGCCAGCUUAGUACAUAAACAAAGUGGUCGCAUGUUGGAUAUUUAUACAAAUAUGCCAUGUGUCUAUAUAAAUACUGCUCAGGAUUUUCCAAAUUAUGGUAAAUCGUUAUUUAAUGAAGAGGUUAUGAAGGUAACUGAUAUAGAAGCACCAUUAGCAAAAUUUGAUAAAUAUGAAAAUGAACACGAGAGUCUUAUCUCUGAUGAAUAUAAAUUUGCAAGUGAUGCAGAACUAAUGGAAGAAGAACACAAUUUAGAUUAUGAAAUGAAAACGUCUUCGACACAAAUGAACUAUUUCCAAGACAUCAAGCCCAUCAAAGGCAAAUCAAAUACUAUAUACAACAAACAUUCUGGAAUCUGUAUACGUCCACAACUAUUUCCAGAUGCUGUUACACAUAAAAACUUCAACAGCAUUAUUCUCAAACCGUCAAAUAUGUAUAGUCAGCAAGUUGUUUAUAAAUUUGGAGUUAUUGUUUCAACUGAUUAAGAUAUUUUUCAAAAAAUAAUAUAGUUGUCCGACUCAUAAUCAAUUAUAACUUAAGAAAACUAACAAAUUAAUAUUGGUUGUAGAUAAGUUAUAAAUAACUGAAUGCUAUAAAAUAUUAAAAAAAUAUAUUUAUAAAUA